AUGUACUGUGGCGCGGUGGCAAGGUCACCAGGCCGAUGGCAGUUCAGGGAGGAAAAGGCCUGUGUGAGGGUCCUGGGUGUGUACCUCGGCUGUGACGGAGUGGCUGCCAGGGAUCAGACUUGGCAUGAGGUGCUUGAAAAAAUUAAAAAAACCUUGGGAAUGUGGAAGAUGAGGAAGCUUACACUCAAAGAUAAAUACAAACCGGCUCCCACGUCAUUAGAGGUUAUCGACUCACUGGGUGUUAUGAUCUACAAAGCUCUGGACUAUGGUCUCAAAGAAAACGAGGAGCGUGAACUCAGCCCGCCGCUCGAGCACCUGAUUGACAUGAUGACCAACCACAAUAAAAGUGAGAGCGACCCCUGUCCCGACGAGGGCUACGAGGCUACUGAAGAAGAGGACGAGUGUGAGGAGGAGGAAGAAGAGGAGCUUGUAUCUGCCACCACCAACUGCACGGUCGCCAGAAUACGCAACUAUCGAGAUCUUAUCCUGGUAGGUUGUUUUGUGAAAUAUCUGUAAGGAUCUGUAUUUUUUGUCUUUCCCCACAUUCUCACAUCAGGUCUGUCAACAAAGCGGUUUGUCCAUAUGUCAUUAUCGCUCCAGCUCUAAACUAAUUCCCCAGAUGAAGGCCGUCAGGCCGCUCAUUCCCCAAGAAUCUUCAGAAAAAGGGACUAG